CAUGAAUAUUUUCUUUCAGGGAUUCACACUCUGACGUAUUUCUACACUGCGUCUUCUCAAGUCCCAAACUUCCCAGAGUUUGUGGCUGUUGGGCUGGUCAAUGAAGUUGAGAUGUUUCAUUAUGACAGUAACACCAAGAGAGCAGAACCCAAACAGGACUGGAUGAGCAGAGUCACAGCAGAUUAUCCUCAGUACAUCCAGAGGAACACUGAGGGACUGGUGGGUCAGCAGCAGCUCUUCAAAGAUAACAUUGAAGUUGCAAAGCAGCGCUUCAACCAAACUGGAGGUGUCCACAUUUACCAGAACAUGUACGGCUGUGAGUGGGAUGAUCAGACUAAUGAUGUUAAAAGUUUUGAUCAGUAUGGUUAUGAUGGAGAAGACUUCAUAUCAUUGGACUUUAAGACAUGGACAUGGAUCGCUCCAAAACAACAAGCUUUCAUCACCAAACAAAAGUGGAAUCAUGACCAGGAUCAGACAGCAGAGAAGAAACAGUACUACACCCAGCUUUGUCCUGAGUGGCUGAAGAAGUAUUUGGACUACGGGAAGAGCUCUCUGCUGAGAACAGGUAGAAUCACAUGA